GGAGGAGCGAGUCUGCAGCGCACCGGCUUCACGUCCCCUCACUGCCCAAGUUGUUCUGUAGGUUAUAGGUUCGAGUCCUGCCUUUGGACGCGUUUAGCGCUCGGCUCUUAUAUUCCAGCGGCUUUGCGUUUUAAUGCACCGCCCCGGAGGAGUGUGGAUUAAUAAACCCAGUGUGGAUUAAUAAAGUGUGUAUUGUUACACUUUACCGUCUCACGGCUCACACACUCAACUCAUGCUCUGAGAGCUUUUUUUUUUUUUUAACCCCCACCCCCUCCCUCUCCGCACUUUCCGGCGCUCUGAUCGUCUUCAGCAUCUUCGCGGAGCAGAAGCAGCGCAGUGCGCGCGCCUCGGACCCCGGACCGCUCGGACCUCGUGACCCCUUCGGAACCCUCGGUGCUGCGGCUCCUCCUCUCCUCCUCCAGCAUGAAAUCAGCAGAAGAAGAUGCCUUCAGCUAUGCUCCAAAUGUCAGCAUGUCCCUGCCAUUUAGCAUGGGGAACCCUUGUCUUCCCUCCCAGUAUCAUGGCCUUCCAUCCAGCCCCAUCAUCUCUGUGACCUCAUGUCACCAGGCAGCCUACGGGAUGCUGGAGGACACAGGGGUAUCCGGGUACUAUCUCUCUCCUGGCCACAGGCCCAAUGGCGCCCCCGCCCUAGAGAGCCCCCGCAUUGAGAUCACAGCCUACAGCCAGUUCCCUGAGGAUGAAGCCGAGGAGAGCCGGGCACCCAUGACCAAGCGUCUCAACUCGGUGGUAACGCUGACUCUGCCCAGUGCUGAUGGCUAUCGCGACCCUAGUUGCCUGAGUCCAGCCAGCAGCUUGUCAUCACGCAGCUGCCACUCUGAGGCCUCCUCCUAUGAGUCGGGUUUCUCCUACAAUUACGACAACUCGCCACAGAACUCGCCCUGGCAGUCUCCCUGUGUUUCCCCAAAGGGCUCCUCUUCCCUGGCUUCUUGUACGCUUGGCGGCGGCUCACCUCGCCACUCUCCAUCCGGUUCCCCACGCGCCGGCUCGCCCUGUGGUGGCGCCAAGCGCAAGUACAGCUUCAGUGGGGGCCCAUACGGGCAGACUUCACGCUCACCCCGGCGCUCCGCUACGCCCUCGCCACAGGGUUCUCCGCUCCUCAGUGCCACAGAUGACACCUGGGCCCCUGACACCAACCAGUACACCAAUUCAGCCAUCGUGGCAGCCAUCAAUGCCCUCAGCACUGAUGGCGUGGGCGACCUGGCUGAGGGUGUCCCGCUCAAGGCCCGCAAAACAACUCUAGAGCCCAGCCCAGGUGUGAGCCUCAAGGUGGAGCCUGGAGGGGACGAUCUAAACCUGGAAGAGACGCAGGAUGACUUUCAUGGCCCUCGUGGGCCUUUCAAGAAGGAGAACUAUGGCGGGAGCUUCCUUGACGUACCCCAGUACCCCUACUCCUGGCCUAAGCCGAAGCCCUACAUCAGCCCUUCCCUGCCUGCUCUGGACUGGCAACUGCCCUCCUGCUCAGGACCCUACAGCCUGCAGAUUGAGGUGCAGCCCAAAUCACACCACCGCGCCCACUACGAGACAGAGGGCAGCAGAGGGGCAGUCAAAGCCCUGUCCGAAGGACACCCCGUUGUACAGCUCUAUGGCUACAUGGAAAGCGAACCACUAACUCUGCAGCUCUUCAUCGGCACCGCCGAUGACCGCCUGCUCCGCCCACAUGCCUUCUACCAGGUGCACCGUAUCACGGGCAAGACAGUGUCCACAGCGAGCCAUGAGGUCUUGCAGUCCAACACCAAGGUGCUGGAGAUCCCCCUGCUUCCGGAGAAUAACAUGCGUGCCCUAAUUGAUUGUGCAGGGAUCCUGAAGCUGCGCAACUCAGACAUCGAGCUACGCAAGGGUGAGACGGACAUUGGGCGCAAGAACACACGCGUGAGGAUGGUGUUCCGGGUGCACAUUAACCAGGCCAACGGUCGUACCGUGUCUCUCCAGGUCGCUUCCAACCCCAUCGAAUGCUCCCAGAGAUCAGCCCAGGAGCUGCCACUGAUAGAGAAGCAGAGUGCCGACAGCUACCCAGCCACUGGCGGCAAGAAGAUGCUCCUGACUGGACACAACUUUCAGCCCGACUCCAAGGUGGUGUUUGUGGAGAAAGGUCAAGAUGGUCACCACCUUUGGGAGACCGAGGCCAAGGUUGACAAAGACUCCCUCAAGCCUACAUCCAUGGUGGUGGAGAUCCCCCCGUACCGCAACCAGAGGAUAUCCAGUCCUGUCCAGGUGAACUUCUAUGUAUGCAACGGCAAGAGGAAGAGGAGUCAGUAUCAACGCUUCACCUACCUGUCUCCAAAUGUUCCAAUAAUAAAGACAGAACCCAAUGAUGACUACGAGCCCAAGGGGGUAACUGCACUGGGUGUCCCGUCCGCCAAGUCAUACUAUGAGGGUUUGAACGCCAUGGUGCACCCAGACCCAAACCCCUGCCUGGUGGGUGGGUACCCGCCCUGCCAGCAGAGACUUGGCGGGGGGAUCCCCCUGUCCUCCUCCAGCAACCCCACGCUGCACGACCUGACCCCCACCACCUACCCCAAGUGCCUCCAGGACCCUCCUGGCCGGGCAGCAGUUGCGCAGGGUGGCUCGCCGGACCACUCUCCACUGGCUCUGCUCCCACCCCAGGUGGGCAGUCCACAUGGGUACCAUCCUCCGUCGCUCUUCCCUGCCGGAAGCCCGUCCUCCUCCUCUCCUUCCCCAGCCUCCCACCCCCCAACUCCUGGGGCAACUCAGGACCCCCAGUUCACCGCAGCCUACAGUCCCCCCCAGCCGCAGCCCGGCUCCAACCUGACAAGGAAGACUCCGCCCACGUUGCUCUCAGAUGACAGCACGAGCCCCACCUUGCCCAUCACCGUGAAGCAGGAACCCCAGGACCUGGACCAAAUGUACCUGGACGAUGUUAAUGAAAUCAUCAGGAACGACCUCUCAAGCAUCUCGGUCCACAGCCACGCGUAGACUUCCGCAGCUCUGAAGCCCCCCCAGGAAGUAAAGAUGGAGGUGAACUGACUAAUCCCAUGCCAGGUUGGCGUGCUGCGGCAACGCCCACCCGGAUCCCCCAGACCCUCUCUCUGAACCUCAGAACCCGGCUCCCUGACCGAACCGAGAGCUGUCCCGCACCAUGGGCCUGGAGAGGCCUCCUGUGCUCAUAAACGAGAAAACUGCAUCGUGACCGAAACCCACAUUCGAUCGAUAGUUUCUGCUUUGGAUGGAGGUGGGGAGGGACUUAAAGAAAAUGUCCUCAGAAACCAAACUAUCUGCCUUAAAGACAUUCUUCCAAAAGCCCACAGUUCCAGACGGCAUUUCCAGAUUUACCGUGGUGAGUGGCAUUCAGGGCCACAGGAAGAAAUCCAGCUGGCUUCUUUUGGCUGACGUGUCCUGCCAAGAGCGAGCAGCCAAGGAAGUGCCUUACACCACCAGCAAGCCAAGACACAAGCCUGUUCGUUGUCAUCGUUUUUAAUUGAUUCUUUGUUUUUGCUAUUCUUGUUCUUGUUCUUCUUGUUGUUGUAUUCAUGUUUACUGGAGGCCAGUAGCUGGAAACAAAAGGGGUUUGCCUAAAGAACCUUUGUUGUCUCAAUGCCAUGGUCUGUCGAUAAAAAUGUACAUCCUAGCAUACUUCGUAGAAAUCGUAUCAAAAAUGUACGGCUUAGUUGUGUAUCGUCGCUUUUCUCGCCGCACUCUGGCCCAUCGUUUAGCUAUUUUCUACAUGUAUCAAAACCCUUCUUGUGUGUUUUUACCAUGGCUGGAAAGGCAGCCGGCACAUUUCUCUCCAGAGACUCCGCCUUUGCGUUUUAACACGUCGGUCAGUGGCCGUGAAGAAGAGCACUUUUGACCUCUGACCCCCCACGGCACUUAUCGAGAUACAGCGCCAUCCAAAGUUCCGCAGAGCUAGUAGAGUACGAUGCCUUUCCUUAGUGCCUGUGCAGGGUGCACAUCGUGGUGAUUUAGCUACCUGCCUUCAUAUUAAUGCACCAUGGCUACAGGCCCCGGCUUGUAAUAUAACUACCUGUCUGCAUAUCAACUUCGUCAGGGUUUCACACUUAACUCUUUUUAGAGACUUAAUGCAAGUCACAAUGCAU